AUAAAAAAUAAAAUAUCAGAAAUAGAUUCAGAAUCUUUAUUACAAGAAAGAAGAAUUAUUGAUAAUCGUAUUUGUGAAAUAAAGAAUGAGAAUUUGGUAGAUGAUCAGGAUGUUGUGGCAUUAUAG